GUGCUUAUUGUCGGCGCAGGCCCCGCUGGUCUCACAGCUGCACUUUCUCUCGCCCACCACGGGUGUCGUGAUUUCGUCAUCGUCGAUGCCAUAGUCGAAGGACAGAAUGCAUCGCGGGCUAUUACCAUACACUCUGCAACCAUUGAGGUACGCUGCCACCCGAGCGUUCAUAAGAAGGCCCACUGAUGACCUUAUGAUCAUAGGCUUUAGCCAGCAUCGAUGCAGCAGAUGGCGUACUGUCUCAAGCCAUCAAGGGGAAAGGCAUCCGAAUUACAUCUCGCAGUUCGCAGAUCUUUGAGGCCAGAUUUGACCCUCUAAAGAAACAUUCCGCCUACCCAUACGCACUCUUCACCCCUCAAAAUGUGACGGAGCUUGUGCUUGGGCAGAAGCUGCAGAGCCUUGGGAUUCAAGUGCAGCGUCCACACAGGGUAGUUGGAAUGAAACAGAAUGAGGAGGAUCCUCGCAUCACCGACGUCUCCUUUGAGGAUGGUCAAGUCGUCAGAGCUAGAUAUAUCAUCGGUGCAGAUGGCGCCCGCUCAGUUAUCCGUACCAUCGCCGGUAUAGGGUUCUCUGACUCAGCAGGCCCAAACCUGGUCAAUAACGUAUUGGAACAAAUGGUCGCGGCAGAUGUUACGUUCGAGCCUGAACCUGUUGGUCCACUGACCAUCGAGGGCCACCUCAAUGGCACAGUUUCCACAGACAGUUUCUUCAUGCUCACACCAUUCGGCAACCAUUUCAAUGCCGAGCUGACACGAGAUGGAAAGCCCAUUACAAAAUCCAUCUUCCGCGUAGGUUGUGCCGUACCGGUGAAGAAAGGACAGCCACCCCAUGCGCCACCGAAGGAGUACAUCCAGGAUCUGAUCGACACAUACGGCCCAACGUGUAUAACAUCGAAUCCAUCUCUCAAUCCGACACCUGUUAAGAUCGACCAGCUGGUCUGGUCGACACGUUUCAGAACCCAUUCAGCCAUCGCUGACCGCACCUUCACGCGUCUUGGCGCUGCUAUUCUCCUAGUCGGUGACGCAGCCCAUAUACAUUCACCUGCAGGUGGCCAGGGCAUGAACUUGGCUAUCAGGGACGCUAUUUUCCUUGCAGAGGCUGUUACAAAACACAUUCAAGCGUCUGCAGAGAAUCCGGAUGUGGAUGAUACCAUUUUGAAGGAAUUUGCAGCGGCGCGUCACGCACGAGCGCUGGAAAUCAUCGGCUUCACCAAGAAACUUCUGAAACUCGCAAGCCUUACUUACGAUAGAUAUGCUUGGUGGAUGCCGCUCAGUGGGGCGUCUAUCCGCGAUAUGAUGCUGAGAAUAUUGGGCAGAUUUGAUUUCGUGCAGGUCGAAUAUUGCAUGGGGCCUGAGUGGGCUUGGAAGACGGUAAUCGCGGAUCUUUGGAUGGCUUGGUCAACGCAUUUUGUAUCUAAUUUGUAUACCACACACACAAAUUCCCAUCUUGGGGGUGAAUGUGCAGCCAAGGGAUGAACGUCUAUAAACGCGUUUGCGCAUAACUAGGCGAGGUACUGGCGACGACCAUGAACCAAGGUCGUCGAUCAUCGUAAACGGGAAGGAGAUCGGCGAGCAGCUGUAUUUUGAAAACACGUGACCUCAAACGCGUCAUUAAUCAG